AUCUGGCAAAUUCGUUCUGAAAACCACGGGUAGAGGUAAGGCCUAGGGCUAGUCAAGCCAUUGUCGACAUGGCAAGCAGUCAACGCCUCUCUGUCAUGUCCAUGAUGAAUAUGGGCCAGCUGACUGAAAGCAUGAACAAAACACUUCGUUUUGGUCAGAGGUGGGGAGAGGCUAAGGCCUUUGCAGCGGACAAACCUAAGACGGCUCUUUUUCUCCUUGCAGUCUUUGUAACAUUCAGCAUCCCUAUCACCUCAUUCAUCAUCGUCAUUGGCUCAUCAUUGUUUGUCGGAUUGACAAUGCUACUCUGGGUCCAAGGGGCUAUUCUAACCACUGCCACUGCAGUUCUCCUCCCAACACUAGGAUUCUGUGCCCUUAUUGCUGCUGGGGUGACCGUCGUCAUCCAUGGUUCCAGAUACAUUCUGGAACUCCUACUUUCAGUUUGGCAGCUCAUCUACAACGUCGUCUUCCCAUACGUUGUCGCUACGCUUGGGGUACUCACCAACCUUUGGGGAAAGCCAAGAAUCAGUGAGCUUCAGAAUGAUGACUAGGACAGACAGCACCCGGGAGGAUCAGGUCACAUUCACACUCAUCAUCCUACACCCAUUAUUUCAUCGAGUUAUCUUUACGAUGUGAACCGAGGUCACUCAACGCAUAUUGAAGAGGGCAGCACAGGCUCUCUUCACACUUCAACCUCCCUUCAAGCAAAUGCAUCACCACGACAGCUCAGAGAAUACAUGCAUACUACCUCUAGUCAAGACAGAAACCCCUUUCUCACCGAUUCACUAAUGAGGCAUCGACGCGAAAGUACGAAUCCAACCCCUGCCUACACUGAGGACCCCUUUCAAUCCCAUUCUCGUUAUCUCGCCAAUUUGAACGCAACAGAGAACAGAAGACAAAGCGAUUUUGAUGACUUUUCACGACUGAAGUCCAACGCAUCAAAUAUCGAUACCUGCUCAUCAGUGCUGCUUGGUAACAAUUUGAGUGUGAACACGCUAUCUAUCCAGCGGAACACAGAACAGUUUCCAUUUCCACUUAUUUUACUUCUAUGUAUUGCUUUGGCCGUUGUAUCCUUUCACUUUGCUCUGCCUUUCUUAUAUGUAAUUGCAUGGUUAUCUGAGCCCUAAAGACUGACUUUUUGAUUGAUUUUGAUGAGUAGACCUCGAGGUUGCAUUGCUAUCUCCACCUAUAGAAUAUUAUCGUGGUCUCCCACACAUGUAUCAGAAUGAUCAAUUUUCAUAUGACGUUUCUGUUUUGUUUUUACACUCUUUAACGCAACAUUAUUCAGUAUUCUUUCCGGGUGCGCUGAAAUUGUAAGUCAGAUGUCGAUCGCAUCUUCAGAUUUUGUAUAUAGAUGUACAUGUUACGCCAUAAGCUCUUUGCUCAUGUCUAUAUACAUGAUAUAUUUGAGAACAUAAAUGAAUCGUUAUUAUUCUACUGGAGGCAAUUGGGUUCUCUAUUACAAAAUGAAUAUUGAUUACUCGCAACUCUUUAUGGCUAAUCGAUUUCAUGAUCUCUAUAUAUAUCAAAACAUUCAUUGCCUUUAUCAAAAUAUAUUUGUCACGUAACCCACUCGAACUACCUCACUUUCUUAUUUAUCAUUAAGAUACAAAUUUUGAAUGAAAAGGAUGAUGAUUAUCGAUGCCCUUGUUCGAAUAUCGUCUACUUUAUGAACUUAAGCUUGUUUAUUUUUGCCAUGUUUGUAGUUUUGGCCUUAAAUAGAGUUAAUGAAUUUUCGACAUUAAAUGUUUAAUUCAUCUCAUG